AUGUCGGUUGAACUGGUAUUAGCAGCUGUGUCCGCAGCGGACCUGUGCCUCAAAUAUGGGAAAACUCUCAUGAGGGUAUAUCGAGACAUUAAGGAUGCCAAUGAAGCGGUGCAAUCCAAACUGCUUAUUGUAGAAGCCAUCUGGAGCAAGACCGCCAUCCAAGUCGAGUUCGUGAAGAGAGUCGCUCAGGUGCUAGAUGAAGAGCACUGUCGGAUACACUUGGAAGUUCUCGAAGUCUUGCAAAGCAAGUUGACUGUUGCCGUCAAGAAGAUCGAGUCGGUGGUCAAGACUGGGCCUGAAUCAGGUGUUAAGAGAUGGAAGUAUGCUCGGCUUCGUGAAGUGAUUGAUGACUCCAUUGAACAGUUGCAGCAGUGGCAAAGCAUUUUCGACCCGACAUGGUAUUUGAUACUUCGUAUGGGCAACAAGUUCAUUGAUGAUGAGUUAUCAAAAACAACGGAUGUCGCACAAGGCCGCACUUCAUCAGCUUACCCGAUAUCAAGUUCCGGUGCAACUAGCAACACUCUUUCCUCGGCGCAAAGUUUUCGAAAAGCACUGAAAGGAGAAGGAGCAUGCGAUAUACACGUCACCUUACCAGAAAGCGGUCUUGAUUGGGGCAGCGUCAGAAAGAUAGAAUACUCAAGCACUGCUUUGAUUCAACGGAAAGGCUCGGAAAAGAUGUUCGCUAUUGAUACCAUCGUCUGCGACACGUCUUACGACAUUUCUCGGUUGAGAGCAGAUACCGAGGGACUUGCAAAGAAGCUCAAAAAGGAAGAAAUUCGUGCGUUUGGUCUGCUUUCUUGCAAAGGGGUCAUCAAAAAGAAGAACCCAGAAACCCAACGGCUCGGCUCCAUGUACUUGGCCUUUCAACUACCCCAUCACGGCGAACAUAAUAUGCCGGUUAGCCUGCGUCGUCAUCUCCUGCAAGAUCGGAGUUGUAGUUUGAGUCGAGUACUCGAUGUUGCAAAGCAGUUGGCAAGAGCUGUCAGCUUCGUCCACACGUUCGACUUCGUGCAUAAAAACAUCCGCCCAGAGACGAUUCUCGUCUUUCCAGACGACAAGUCUGUCCCGCAUUCGCAGCUCGGCUCUGCUUUUCUCGUCGGUUUCGAUUCUUUUCGCAAUGUUAACUUUCACACAAUGAAGGUUGGCGAUAAGGCGUGGGAGCGAAACCUCUAUCGACACCCAACCCGCCAAGGCAUCCAAGCUCAAGAGUCAUACAUAAUGCAACAUGACGUAUACAGCCUGGGAGUAUGUCUACUCGAGCUCGGGCUCUGGGAAAGCUUUGUCAACUUCCAGCUGGAGGCCGAUGGCAGUACAAUCCCGGGGCCGAAAUUGGGGCUGACUCCGAGCGACUUUGAUUUCCAGCCCGGAAAUGUUGCCCAGACGCUGAAGAUCAAAGAACAUCUGGUGGAAUUGGCGAGAAAUCGGCUUCCGCCUAAAAUGGGCGAUAUAUACACUUCUGUUGUUGUCACCUGCCUCACAUGCCUUGAUGAAGAUAAUGAUGACUUUGGAGGUGAGGAGAUGCAAGACGAAGAUGGCAUCUUGGUGGGUGUACGCUUUAUAGAGAAGGUCCUAUUGAAGCUUGGGAGUAUUUCGAUGUAG